UUAAUGGAAGUUAUGAGCUCGAAAGAUAGUUCAUCAGUGGCCUCAAGUCCUUUCUCUUCACCUAACAUUGGGGCCUUGCUCAAGAUCAAGAUUAUUUCAUGGAGCCAAGAGACCGGCUUGCCCGUUUCGGUUCAUGUUCGAGUUGGUGAUAGAAUAUUCAACCUGCACAAGUACCCACUGUCUUCAAAGAGUGGAUACUUCAAGAAAAGAUUUGAUGACUCAACUGAUCUGGAGCUACCACAAGGUUUUCCUGGAGGGCCAGAUACCUUUGAGAUGAUUGCAUUAUUUGUCUAUGGUUCCUCCACAUUAGUUGACCCUUUUAAUGUAGCAGCACUUCGAUGUGCAGCAGAGUUUCUUGAGAUGACAGAAGAUUACUGCUCCAGUAACCUCUGCGAGCGGUUCGAUCUCUACCUGAACCAAGUGGUUCUGCAAAGUUGGGAUGACACCCUAAUUGUACUCCAGAAGUGCCAAGCAUUGCUUCCCUGGUCUGAGGAGUUGCUAAUAGUGAGCCGCUGCAUCGAGUCUCUUGCCUUCAUGGCUUGCAUGGAGAUCCUUGACCCAGAGAGGAGACGGGAGCGGCCGGUGGUCACACUGGAGGCAUUGGCUAGCCAAGCUUGGAACUGUGAAACAGUGAAGGAGAUAGUGAGCCAGGACCUCUGGAUCAAGGAUCUGAUUGCUUUACCAUUUGAAUUCUUCAAAAGAAUAAUAGGAUCUCUGAGAAGACAAGGUAUGAAAGAAAAAUAUGUAAGUCCCAUCAUUGUUUUCUAUGCAAACAAAUGGGUAGUCUCCAAGAAGACACGCCAAUUUUGGGAGAACUCUGCUGAGAAAAUUGGGGAUGAUGACACAAAUAGCAAAGUUGCAGCAAUCCUUCAAGGGAUACUUGACCUGCUGCCCAUGGGGGGGAAAGCUGGUAGACUGAUUCCUGUUGGGUUUUACUUUGCAUUGCUUUCUAGAUCCCUUGAAGUUGGUUUGAGAAGUGAUCAUAAGGUCAAGUUGCAGGAUCAGAUUGCAUCUAUGUUGCAAUUUGCUCAAGUGGAAGAUUUUAUCCUCCCAAAAAUGGGAACGGGUUCGAUUUCUUCUGGCAUCGAGUUGGUCACAAUGGAGAGCAUAAUUUCAACAUAUGUUUCAUCUAACUUGGACACAAACCAUACUCCUUCAGCAAGAAUCUCAGUUGUUGCAGAAUUAUGGGAUGUAUAUCUCUCCCAUAUAGUGCCUGAUCCAGACAUGGGGCCUGAAAGAUUCAUGGAACUCGUUGAAAGAGUACCGAACUCCUGCAGACACAGCCAUGAUCAACUCUACAGAGCAAUGAACACCUUCCUACAGGCACACCCAAGUAUACCACAAGAAGAGAAGGGAGCAGUAUGCAAGUAUCUCAACUGUCAAAAAUUAUCUCAAGAGGCAUGUAUUGACGCUGUUCAAAAUGAGUUGAUGCCUCUACGUUUGAUUGUCCAGGCACUUUUUGUUCAGCAACUUAGCACACACCAGGCUUUCAGAGAUUGCUCAGACUCGUUUAGGUAUGCACACUGUGGAGAGUUCUCUGGAAGCCUCUCGAGCUCUAGGUAUCCAAACUCCAAAAGCCAGAAUCUAGGAGAGAGUCCAUAUACAGAAGGAGCACAGCCAGGCAGAAGACCCUUGAGCUUUUUGUUACAAAAAGACAUUAGUCCUGAGUUCUCAAGAAAUGAAUAUGAGUCGACAAGCUUGAGAAUUCAGAAUCUUGAACAAGAGCUCAUGUCCUUGAAAAGGAGCCUUCAAUUGCAGAACAUUUCAAAGACAACAGAACCAAUUUCAACCAAAAAACAGAGCAUGCUGAAACCAUAUGGUAUGGAAAGUAGAUCUCUAAGCAAAAAGAAAAACCCUCUAGGACAAGUGACAGGUUGCAUUGGUUCGGUGAAUUUUGCGUCACAAAGAAAGUAUGCCAGUCGAAUAUUGAAGAUCUUCCACUGGAUGACCUUGUUUGGAAGUAGGAAACAGAAGAGAAAGUCAGGUGCUCAUGGCCUACAGUCGAAGCCAAUGUAGCAGAAUAACUUUUUUGCAUAAGAUGUACAAAAAUCAAACUGGUAAUGCAAA